AUGGCGACCGUUUCGCAACCCUCGAUGGAAAGCAUUGAACAGCGCAGACUGCAGCUAGAAGAGAAUGUUGCCAAACUCAGCAAAGCACUAGAGCAUUGGUCAACAUGGGAGGUCGAAUAUGCAAUGCUCAAAGAAGAGCUGGAAAAAGCAGAUUCCCCCUCCACCGCAGAUAUGAUCCAAAUAGGCCAUGAAAUUAGUGGUUCUCUGGUCAACGAGAAAGAGGUUCAAGCGUUGAUCGGCAAAGACUUGAACACGAACCGCACAGCUAACCAGGUCGUUGAUAUGAUAUCGAGACGCAUUGACUAUGUUCAGCAGAACCGAAGCACAGUCGAGAAACAGCUGGAAAAGGCUGAGAGACAGCUCGAGGGGGUGUCCAUUUUGGCCGAUCCUGGUCUUACCAACGAGGAGGGCCUCCCAAUGAUGGAUAUCGAGGAAGAGUUAGACGAAAAUGACGAGGUUAAGUCUAGCUCUGUCUCCCAGCCCGGGAAAGUCGCACCAGAACUUAUGGAUGUUUUGCGGAAAGCUGGCGUCUACAAGGCUGAGCAAAAGAACAACACCAACGAUCCUGCGGCUACAACACCUACGAAAUCGCAACCAUCACGGUCAACUGGCUCGCCAUCCGCUAUCUCUUCUAUCACAAAGGCAGCCGCGAACAAGGACAAUCUUACUCUGCAAGCAUUAUCUCAAACAGCCACUGGGAGUUCAACUAAGAAAAAGUCUGUCGCUUUUGCCGAUGACGUUGAUGUCAAGACGUUUGAAAAACAAAGGCCGGAAAGCCCCACUGAUCAGAAAAAGAAUGAUCUACGGGCUUGGAAUCUGAAGCCCGGUUCGAGGGUGUAUGAACUCGGCGAUGACGAGGAAGUUUCUGCAACGCAUGUCAUCCCAGAGGACGAGACCAUGGAAGAGUCUGAGCUUCGCAGGGAUAUGCUGCAAUAUGGCUUAGAGGAAGUGGGUCAGGUCGUGGGCGAGAUGGAUUUGGAUGACGAGGAAGACUUCGACGACGAUGAGGAUGACAGCGAGGAUAGCGAGGAAGAGGAUGAACACGGCCGUAGCACUAGAUCCGAACUGACUGAUGCGUAUCGCCAGCAGAUGGCCGAGCUGGAGAAGAAGCUCAAUGCGCGUAUGGUAGAGAAUGUCGGGCCCCGUCCCGAUUUACAUCCUCUUGCCGACGUGGCUGACGAUGUGCGGUCGCUGCGUAUUCGCAAAGACAGCGAGUUUGAUGAAUCUAUGAGCAAACCAGAGGCAGGACCAGUCGAGAAAGCGGAGGAAAAGCGGGUGUCUUUCGCCGAUACAGCAGACGGCGUGCAGCAACCUGCUGUAUCUUCCCCACCUGCUCCCACGAUAGCCGAUACGAUUGUUGAGCGCUCGACGGGCUCACCACAACCACCAUCGGCGCCCUCGGCACCCUCUAAACCAGCAAAAGUGUCCCGUUUCAAAAGCGCUCGCACAGCUUCCACUCAAGCACCCCAUGUACUGCCCAAUCCGCCUACGCCCGAGCCUCCAGCCAUACCCGCUGGACCAACCGGCCGGACUCUCUCCAACACCGUCAUCGAGCAUACGCCAGAUACAUUCGCACACCGCGCACCCGAUGAAUUCGAUCCCAAUGUGCUGAAUCGCGAGAUUACCACCGAGUAUCACAAGAUGCGUAACAAGAUGAUUCAGCAGCAGGGCGGAUUCAAAGAGACGGAGGAAGAAGCAAACAACCCGUUGAUGGAGGAAAGAGACGGCAAGCCAAAGAAAGUAAGUCGCUUCAUGGCCGCCAGGCUAAAAGCGGAGGGUUUGUAG